AUGAAGCUGAAAGAGGAAUGGAUUCUUGCGGACGACGUGUUCCAAAAUCCUCUAAUCGGCCCCGCACUGCGGGCACUAAAGUACUACGGACUGCUGAUCCACGAAAGCCAGCCGAUGAAGAAGCUGCACUGUUUCCGGGGCAUGGUGUUUACCCUGACGAUGCUACUGUUCAACGCUACGCAGUACAUCGAUCUGGGCCAGGUCUGGGGCCGCGUUUCGGACAUGACAGCCAACGCGGCCACUACGCUGCUGUUCACGACGAUCAUCUUUAGGGUCCUGUUUUUCUACCUCCACCGAGCGCGAUUCAACAACAUCAUUCGAGUGGCCCACGAGGGCAUCGUGCGGAUAAUGGACGACGAUUGGCAGGCGGAACGGGACAUACUGGCCACCAACAUUCGCUACCUGAAACGCCUUGCGGUAGUGUUCUGGAGCUGCGCUUUGGUGACGGCCAACACGAUGUGCGUUUACGCGCUGGUUCAAUAUUUUAUCUACGAAAGUCCUUCGGUUGGCCACGGCGGCCGGAAUGAGGUGGUGAAUGUUUUGCGCGAAGUCAUGAACACGACCCAAGCGCAGACGUAUCCUGCGUCGAUCCUUCGCUCGUGGUACCCAUCGCCGGCGGACCAUUUUCUGGCGAUCUAUCUCAUCCAACUGUACGCGAUGCUGGUCGGUCAGCUGAUUGUACCGUCUUGGCACAUGUUUAUGGUCACGCUCAUGGUUUACGGGCGGACCGAGUGUAGCAUUCUAGCGCACAAACUACGCUACCUUGAUCGAUAUCAGGCCGCCGCCGAUGAUCGGAUGAACGGUCCGACGAACCAACCCCUGGCCACUGUAAACAAUUCCGCGCGGCGUUCGAUGAUAAUCGAUUGUGUUAAACGACAGUCUCGGUUGGUGGCGUUCACCAAGGAACUGGAACAGCUGACCCGGGCAGCCGUGUUUCUCGAUUUCGUCCUCUUCUCGGUACUCCUCUGUGCGCUGCUGUUUGAAGCUUCGAUGACCACGUCCGGAGUGCAGAUUUUCAUCGACAUCUGCUACAUCACGACGAUGACCACGAUCCUGUUCCUGUACUAUUGGCACGCAAACGAGAUCAAUGUGUGCGCUGACGGAUUGGCGAUGGCGGCGUACGAAAGCGACUGGUACCGGUAUGACCGGCGGACAAACAAGCUGCUGCAGAUAUUCAUCAUGUACAGCAACAGGCCGCUGAAAAUGAGAGCCUUUUUCAUCUCGAUGUCACUGGACACCUUCAUAGGGAUUCUACGCGCAUCUUACAGUUACUUCACGCUUCUGAAGCAGAUGACCACUUAG